CGCUCAUGCGCGUUACCGCUUGAGCCACAUCCCCAGUCCCUAAACUUCUUUUCUUUGUGUACAGGUUCUGGUAAACACUGCUUGCUGUGUUUUGAUGUUGGUGGCUAAGCUUAUCCAGUGUAUUGUGUUUGGCCCUCUGCGAGUGAGUGAGAGACAGCACCUCAAAGACAAGUUUUGGAAUUUUAUUUUCUACAAGUUCAUUUUCAUUUUUGGUGUGCUGAAUGUCCAGACGGUGGAAGAGGUGGUCAUGUGGUGCCUGUGGUUUGCUGGACUUGUUUUUCUGCAUUUGAUGGUUCAGCUCUGCAAGGACCGAUUUGAAUAUCUUUCCUUUUCUCCCACUACACCGAUGAGUAGCCAUGGGCGAGUCCUGUCUCUGUUGAUUGCUAUGCUGCUUUCCUGCUGUGGGUUAGCAGUUGUCUGCUGUGUCACAGGCUACACCCAUGGAAUGCACACCUUGGCUUUCAUGGCUGCAGAGUCUCUUCUUGUGACAGUGAGGACAGCCCAUGUGAUUUUACGGUAUGUAAUUCACCUCUGGGACCUCAACCAUGAAGGGACCUGGGAAGGCAAGGGAACCUACGUCUAUUAUACCGAUUUUGUCAUGGAGCUCACUCUUCUGUCCCUGGACCUCAUGCACCACAUUCACAUGUUGUUAUUUGGCAAUAUCUGGUUAUCUAUGGCCAGCCUGGUCAUCUUUAUGCAGUUGCGUUACCUGUUUCAUGAGGUGCAGCGUCGAAUCCGUCGGCACAAGAACUAUCUGCGUGUGGUCGGGAACAUGGAAGCCAGGUUUGCUGUUGCAACUCCAGAGGAACUGGCUGUCAACAAUGACGACUGUGCCAUCUGCUGGGACUCCAUGCAGGCUGCAAGGAAACUGCCCUGCGGACAUCUUUUUCACAACUCCUGUCUUCGUUCCUGGCUAGAACAAGAUACAUCCUGUCCAACAUGCAGAAUGUCUCUUAAUAUUGCUGACAAUAAUCGUGCCAGAGAAGACCAUCAAGGAGAGAACUUGGAUGAGAAUUUGGUUCCCGUAGCAGCCACUGAAGGCAGACCUCGCUUAAACCAACACAAUCACUUCUUCCACUUUGAUGGGUCCCGGAUUGCAAGUUGGCUGCCAAGCUUUUCAGUGGAAGUAAUGCACACCACCAACAUUCUUGGCAUUACGCAGGCGAGCAACUCUCAGCUGAAUGCAAUGGCUCAUCAGAUUCAGGAGAUGUUCCCCCAGGUUCCAUACCACCUGGUGCUGCAGGACCUCCAGCUGACGCGCUCAGUGGAAAUUACAACAGACAACAUCUUAGAGGGACGGAUUCAAGUACCUUUUCCCACACAGCGGACAGAAGGCAUCAGACCUGCUUUGAACAGUCCUAUGGAAAGGCCUAGCACUGACCAGGAGGAAGGAGAAGCUUCCCCUCAGACUGAGCGUGUGCCAUUGGACCUCAGUCCUCGCCUGGAGGAGAACUUGGACUUCAGUGAAGUGGAUGUGGAGUCCAGUGAGGUGGAAGACUUUGAGGCCCGGGGGAGCCGCUUCUCCAAGUCUGCUGACGAGAGACAACGCAUGUUGGUCCAGCGCAAGGAUGACCUCCUGCAGCAGGCUCGGAAGCGAUUCUUGAAUAAAAGUUCUGAAGAUGUCUCAGCCUCAGAGAGCUUUCUCCCCUCAGAAGGCACGUCCUCUGACCCGGUGACCCUGCGUCGAAGGAUGCUGGCCGCUGCUGCCGAGCGGAGGCUUCAGAAGCAGCAGACCUCCUAGCACUUCCUCAUCUUCCUCAGCCACCUCUUCCCGAGCCCUGUGCCCGACCAGGAGUGGCCUACCCAGUGCUGCCUGCAUGUGAAGAAGCAGGCGGACUGCAUUGCGCUGUAUAAAGCACGUGUCUUAAUAGUGUUUGGACAGCUGACAGAUUUAAUCCUCCUUUGUAAUACUUUCUACGUGACAUUUCUUUUCCCUUAGAAACACUGCACAUUUUAACUCUAGGCAUGAUCUCUUCUGCGUUGACUGGACUUCUUAGGUGUGGGGACGAUCAAGAGGAUGUGGGCACCACCUGCAGCUACUGCUUUGCGCAUGUGUCAUGGUGCUGGAGUCCUGAGCUCUGUGUCUGGCAGGAAGAGCACUGGGGGAGGGUGCACAGACUCGGUGAGCAGACGCACAGCCCAAGCCCGACCCCACACCAUUGGAGGAGAUCUGUUGUCACUGCUGUCCUUAGUGAGGAAGCAUUCAGAGUGUUCCAGAGGCCAGACCACAGGUUCUGGGCCCCUGGGCCAGCAGGGCAUCUGUCAGAGAGCUCCUGGUUUGACUCCUGGAGUUGAGAGGGAAAGCCCAGGGCUACAGAAUGUGAGGCCUUGACCCCUUCAUCCCUGGACAGCCAGGGAUGACCCACACCCUGGUCCACAGCUGGCUUUACUUCCUUUCACUCUGGUGCUCCUGCAUCAGUGAGCUUGCCCUCGGGCGACCUGCCCCUCCCCAUUUCUUGCCCCCUGUGGACAUGAGGAAGGUCAAGCAGCAAGCUUUGGUUUGAGGUUUUAAUUCCUUGGUCAACUAAAUGAGGCAAUGCCACAGCCCGUGGGCGUAGUCCUUGGAGAAGGGGUGGGCCUUGCAAGAGGGAAGAGUAGACUGUGGAGGGCUUUGUUGAAGAAAUAUCUUUCUUCCCUGGAGCCCUCCAUUUCCUUCACUUUGUUCCUGUUGGUUUAGUGCAACUUAGAAAGGUAGGAUGGUGAGCCCAGUGCCUCGCGGCAGACCAGGCGGGGGCUUCGCGUCCUUCACGUGUUGAAGGAUCUGAAACAUGCAAUCAUAGGUUACAUAGUUCUGUUUUAUGUCCCAUUGGAUUAAGUUUUUUUUUUUUUUUUUAAUGUUUGAAAGCAUAGUUUAUGGUAGUCCUUUUUGGAAGAAUCCAGUAUUAUCUAAAAUUAUUGGUAAAGGUAAAUGUAUUUUACAUAACUGAAAGUUUUUAGGAUGUUGACACGUAAUUGAAAAAAGGGUGAUAGGUAAAUAUGUAGGCAGAGAUAAUUUAUUUCAAUAAAUCUUUCAAAAGCCUUACCUUGAAA